AUGGCUUCAUCUCAGCAAAUCCGCACCCCGAUCACUGAUCUGCUCAAGAUCAACCACCCCAUCCUGCUGGCAGGCAUGAACGUGGCUGCGGGUCCCAAGCUCGCCGCCGCUGUCACCAACGCCGGUGGUCUGGGUGUGAUCGGUGGCGUUGGUUACACCCCCGAGAUGCUCCGCGAACAGAUCGCCGAACUCAAGAGCUACCUGCAGGACAAGAACGCUCCCUUCGGUGUCGACCUUCUCCUCCCCCAGGUUGGCGGCAGUGCCCGCAAGACCAACUACGACUACACCAAGGGCAAGCUCGGUGAGCUUGCCGUUGUCGAAAAGCUCCACGGUGCCGGCAUCCUCUGCAUGAACAUGAUCGGCCACCCCAAGCACGUCCAGAAGGCCCUGGAUGUUGGCGUUGAUAUCAUCUGCGCCCAGGGUGGUGAGGGAGGUGGUCACACUGGUGAUGUCCCCACCACCGUCCUUAUCCCCACCGUGGCCAAGCUGGUCCAGGGCAAGAAGAGCCCUCUGACCGGCCAGCCCGUGCAAGUCAUCGCCGCUGGUGGUCUUUUCAACGGCAACUCGGUUGCUGCUGCCCUGAUGCUCGGUGCCUCCGCUGUCUGGAUCGGUACCCGUUUCAUCCUGUCUGAUGAGGCCGGUGCCCCCGCUGCUCACCAGGAGGCUGUCCGCACUUCUAACUUCGAGGACAACAUCCGUACCAUUAUCUUCACUGGUCGUCCCCUCCGUGUUCGCAAGAACCCUUACAUCGUCAACUGGGAGGAGAACCGUCACGAGGAGAUUAAGCAGCUCACCUCUAAGGGCAUCAUCCCCGUCGAGCACGAUAUGGAGAACUUGCCCGAUGACGUCGACGAUGAUACUUUGGACAACGCCCGCCCCUUCCUGAUGGGCAAGGUUGCCGCCGUUGUCAACGAGAAGAAGCCUGCCAAGGCUAUCGUCGAUGAGCUCGUCGGAGAUGCCGCUGUUCUCCUCAAGCAGGGCAACAAGAUGGUUUCUAAGCUGUAA